UUUCAUGUUCGUCUUCUGUCUUGGGAUUGAUUUUCUUGGUUUGAAUUCUAACACGAUCAGACCUUUUUCUGUGGUACUGUGCGUUAAGUAACGAUCACUUUCGAUUUUGAUUCUGUCGCGCACACACACACACAUUGCUUCCCAGAUACCUCCCCUGUUUCUGCUCGUAGAGAGACUCCAUUACUCCAGAGAGGAGAAGUUAUGUCCAGCAAAAGCAAUGAAUGUACAAGAGAAGCAAUGUACUAACGCAAUUAAACAAACGCUUCUUCUGCGGCCAACCGAUCAAAGAACAGUUCUGAGCGAUGAGAGGGAACGCUGCUGGUUGGCUUCUGGAGUUCUCUGCAGCCUCCAGGUUCGAAAUCGUAUCCCAUGUGCCAAUCACUUGCCAUUGGACUGUUCACCGGAACGGUCGCAUCUUGGGCCUGUCGGAAACUGUUGAUGGUUCUACAUCCCGCGCUUCCGGUGGCAGAUGGAAUCAAUCAGCCUUUGAUCGGUGGUAGCUGUCUUGUGUGAAACUUGGUCCGUUAAACGACGACAGUCAGUAGUGGGAAGUGUAAGAAAGCAGCAGUCAGCAGUGGUGCCGGAGACAGCCAAGUUACCGACCAUUCUGUUGGUGAUCCCGCUUGGGUUCAAGUUAUUCCUUUCGAGAGGGUAAUUGAAGUGGCAGAACUUCGCCCGGGGAAGUUUGUGUUUUUGGACAUCAUCUAUCUGCGGUAGUUUUUGAUUGAAGUGUACCAAACAACAUACAUCGUUUUACGUGCUCAAAGUGUUUUCCCCCGUUUCGGGAUCGUUCCCAUGAUUGGGUGUGCAAAUUGUGCGAUUUCGAUUUGUUCUUCUUUCUACGGAGCGGUUCAACUACGCCGUUGUGUUGCGUAACGGGAACAAGUGUUGAAAGCUAGUGCAAAAAGGGUAAUGUUACCUAACACCCGUGGCUUUAGUGGAAAACUAUAGUGAAAAUUAUAUACCCUACAUAACAUAUCCUGUACGGAUAUCAAAAAAAAAAAUCAGGAAGAAAAUAUUACACACAAGGAAGAGACACCAUCCAAUGGAGCGCCCUACGCGCUGGGCGCUAAUAUUGUUUGCGCUGUGCGCAACAACGGUACAAUCGGCUAUUUUACAAGCUGUAAGUAAACCUACAGAGGUGAUUUCUAACUCGAUAGAUAUAGCCAACAGCCCACUUUCUAGAGUAAAACGAAAUGGAAAUAUACGUGGAAAUUUCAGAGGCCAGACCCAAUCGCAGUACCUUCAUUUCGGAAACAGUCAAGAUGGUAAAGCGGAAGCUGAAGCCACACAGCAUAGCUCCAGGGCGGUAGUAGUGGGCUCAAACGGUAUGGGACAAGCGCAGAGCCAAUCGCUUGGCGGAGACUGCAGUACGUGCUACGGAUCGGUUGACGGUGGCGGUAGCUACAUUUAUGAUAGCAGACCCGAUCCUCUGAAAGUGCCCGUAGAUAAGUUGCGUUUACCGGAUGCUUAUGAUCCGGGUACUAACGGCCAUUCGAUGAGACCUGGCAGUGGGCUCGAUGCGUACGGUAGGCCGGGAACUGGUACCGGUACAGGAGGCUUUGAUGCACACGGCAGACCUGCUGGCACUGGGUUAGACGCUUAUGGGCGACCUGUGGGUGGCUUUGAUUCACAUGGAAGGCCUAUCGGCGGGGAUGGCACGCGUGGAGGAGGUGUUGACAGCCAUGGACGUCCUUCACAUGGAGGAACUGGAUUUGAUGUUCACGGCAGGCCAAUUGGUGGACCAGGCAUGAUGGGGGGCGAUGCAGGUGGAUACGGUAGGCCAUCAGGUGGACCAGGAUCAGACGGAUCGGGUGUGGAUGCCCAUGGUAGACCUAUCGGAGGCCCUGGAACAGGGGUGUCUGGUGUUGAUGCACACGGAAGACCAAUUGGUGGACCAGGAACAGGAGGAACGGGAGUUGAUGUUCAUGGGAGACCUGUGGGUGGUCCAGGAACAGGAGGAACGGGAGUUGAUGCCCAUGGGAGACCUGUUGGCGGUCCUGGAACUGGAGGAAUGGGGGUUGAUGUUCAUGGAAGACCUGUAGGCGGUCCAGGCACUGGAGGAACUGGAGUUGAUGCUAAUGGAAGACCUGUUGGAGGACCAGGAACUGGCGGACCCGGGGUUGAUGGUCAUGGAAGACCUGUUGGAGGACCAGGAACUGGCGGACCCGGGGUUGAUGGCCAUGGAAGACCUGUUGGAGGACCUGGUACUGGUGGACCCGGUGUAGAUGCUUACGGCAGACCAGUUGGAGGACCUGGUACUGGAGGAUCCGGAGUUGAUGCUUAUGGUAGACCUGUUGGAGGACCUGGCACUGGCGGACAAGGUCUUGAUGCACAUGGUAGACCGAUCGGUGGCCCCGGUACUGGUGGAUCAGGCUUUGAUGCACAUGGGAGACCUAUUGGAGGACCUGGAACUGGUGGAUCUGGUGUUGACGCACAUGGAAAGCCAAUCGGAGGACCAGGUGUUGAUGCACAUGGAAGGCCAGUAGGAGGACCAGGCGUUGAUGCACAUGGAAAACCCAUCGAUGGUUCGGGAACAAAUGGCCGUGGUUCUGGAGGACCAGGAACGGGUGGCGCAGGACCAGGAAUGGGAGGCGCAGGACCAGAUGCCUCAGGAAGACCGGGUGGUCGGGGACCAGGCGUCGAUGGUCAUGGUAGACCAGUAGGAGGUCCUGGAACAGGAACAAAUGGACAUGGAAGACCUUCUGGAGGUUACGAUACACAGGGCAGACCAGGACCAGGAAGUACAGGCGGAGUUGAUGCUUACGGAAGACCUAUUGGAAGUCCAGGAACUGAUUCGCAAGGAAGGCCAAUCGGUGGAUUUGAUGCACAUGGCAGACCUAUUGGUUCGGGAGGAUCGAGACAUGAUAGUCAAGGUCGGCCUGUUGGCGGACCUGGCACAGGACAUGACGCUGUUGGAAGACCCGUCGAUGGUCAUGGUCCUCAUCCUCAUCUAAUAGGCCCGCCUAUUCCUGGAACUGGUGUCUACCAUUCCGCUCCUCAUAGUGUCACAUUGCCAGGGCAAGAUCACACUGUCGUGAAUCCUACGGGCGGUUUAACUGUGUUAGUUGGUACAGGGCAUUCAAAGCAAACUGUGAUUGGUUCUGAUAGCAGAUUAGAUGGGCACGGGCCAGUGAAAAUUAUCCCCGGCCCUCCAGAUGGUCACGGGCCUCCUAAACAAACAGUAUACGCCCAUCCUGGUGGUGUAACAGUGUUGGUAGGAACUGGUGGUGCGCAACAAACAGUUCAUCAUCUUCCCGUGCAUGGCGGACACCCAGGAGCAGGGCCUCAGCCAGUUAUCCAUCCAGGGCCUUUAGGUACGAGUGGUUAUCCAGGUAGUGGUGCAGGACAAGGUCAGUAUCCUGGACAGCACCCAGGGACUACUGGUGGAAGUGCGCAAUAUCCAACUGGUACCGGUGGAAUGGGACCUGGUGCAGGACAUCCAGGAGGUCCCACCGGAAGUCAUCCAGUUGGUGGACCCGGAAGUGGAUAUUAUCCCGGUGCAGGUGUAGGAGCAGGGCAAUACCCCUCAGGUGGUAGUGGAGGAACUGGACCUGGAUCAUCUGGAACAGGGGUAGGAGCAGGACAAUAUCCAGGAGUUCCAGGUGGUGCUGGGCAACAUCCUGGUGGAGCAGGUCAAUAUCCUGGAGCAACUGAUCAUUAUCCAGGAGGUACUGGAUUAGGUCAGUAUCCUGGAGGUACUGGGCAGUAUCCAGUGGGAGGUGGUACAGGAACUAGCCAAUAUCCUGGCGGAGCUGGCCAAUACCCAAGUGGUACUGGAACUGGUCAACAUGUGGGAGGUACAGGAGUUGGCCAAUACCCAGGAGGCACUGGAGCUGGAACAGGGAUGGGUCAAUAUCCAACAGGAACGGGUCUUGGAACAGGUCAUUAUCCCGGAGGACAUGGCACGGGAGGAACCGGAUCUGGAACUGGUGUAGGCCAAUAUCCAGGAGGUGAUGGAACAGGUGCAGGUCAAUACCCAGGAGGCUCUGGAACAGGAACAGGCCAAUAUCCUACUGGUACAGGGGUAGGAGCAGGUCAGUAUCCAGGAGGUGUUGGUGGAAGUUCUGGACAAUAUCCCAAUGGAGUGGGAACAGGGGCAGGUCAAUAUCCAGGAGGAACUGGUACUGGAACAGGACAAUAUCCAGGAGGAUCUACACAAUACCCUGGAGGUGCUGGACAAUAUCCCUCGGGAGGUUCCGGAGUAGGAUCAGGCCAGUAUCCAGGAGCUGGUAGUGGCCAAUACCCUGGCGGAACUGGAUCAGGAACGGGUCAGUAUCCUGGUGGUUCUGGUCAAUACCCUAGCGGAACUGGAUCAGGAACAGGUCAGUAUCCUGGUGGUUCUGGACAAUAUCCUGGCGGAACUGGAUCAGGAACAGGUCAGUAUCCUGGUGGUUCUGGACAAUACCCAGGUGGUACUGGCGUAGGAGCCGGUCAGUAUCCUGGUGGAUCUGGACAAUAUCCUGCCGGCGCGGGAGCAGGAACAGGCCAACAUACAGGUGGUGUUGACCAAUACCCAGGUGGUACUGGUCAAUAUCCUGGUGGCGUUGGAGUAGGAACAGGACAAUACCCCGCCGGUACAGGCACAGGAACAGGUCAUUAUCCGGGAGGCACGGGAACAGGAACUGGACAAUAUCCCGGAGGGACUGGUUCCGGCGUAAGUCAGUACCCCGGUGUCAAUGGGGCUGGAACAGGUCAAUAUCCAGGUGGUGCCGGACAAUACCCAGGAGGAGUUGGAAGUGGAGGCUAUCCGGGCAGUCAAUAUCCAACAGGUGGUGGUUCCGGACAGUACCCGGGAGGAGUAGGAACAGGUACAGGCACUGGUACUCUUCCUGGCGGUCAGUAUCCGGGAGGACAAUACCCCACGGAUGGAACAGGUGUCGGAGCUGGCACGGGCCAACAGUAUCCCACCGGUGGAUCUUCUAUCGAUCAAUAUCCAACAACCAUUCAACAGGGAGGCGACGGUGGCAGUUUGCCCCCGCAGUCCAUUCAAUUACCUGAAGAGGAAGAUGAUGCAUUUUCGCAAGCAGAAUCGUCGGUCAAGAACGGAGAAGUAAUUGCUUCCGCGCAAGGUCGCAAGAAUGGAGGCACUGCCCAAACGCAGGUGUCCGGUACUUACACGGGUACGGGUUCGUUUAGUGCCAGUGCUCAAACGAGCGACAAGGAUCGUGCAGCUCAGGCACAAGUAUCGGGCGGAAAGGAAGGAGCCAUGAGUUCUGCUCAAGGUACGGGCGGAAUUGGUAAAUCACAAUCACUGGUGCAGGUUGAUUCGAAGACGGGUGGCACAUCGGCAACGUCCCAGAGUGGAGGCUUGGGACACGAGAGUCAAUCGGAGGUGGUGGCCAAUGAGAAAGGUGGCUUGGCCGAUGCCCAGUCGAGUGGACCUGGACAAACUUCUUCCCAGGCACAGAUAGGAUUCCGCCCGCAAGGCGAAGGUGCGGUCGAACAACAAAAUAUCUUCAACGGUGGUGGACAAGCAUCUGCUCAGUCGGGUGCUCACUCAGGCCAAAGCCAAUCUCAAAUUAGUGGCAACUUCAAGUUCGGAAUUGCAUAUCACGGGGCAGCACAGGCUGCUUCUGGCACAAAGGAACAGGUCAACAAUUAUCGAGAGAAAAGCAAACCUUUGUUCCAAUCGAUUGGGUUGUUCGGAAAAUCUAUUGGCUCUACGGUCAGAAAGGAAUCUGUCGACAGCAACGGCAUGAGGACUCGAACAUCUGAGCAAAACUUGGUGAACUUCAUCAGCACAACACCUCCUCCAGGGGAAGAGGAAGAGUAUGAAGAUGUGGAUGAGGAGGAUGAAGAAUAUGAUGAUGAGUAUGAUACUACAACGAAGAUUACAAGAAGCGGUGAUAAGGUGACAACUGCUCCGAAAGCUUCCGUAAAAACGAUUCCUGUAGCUUAUGUGGUCACAGAACCGUCCACUGUCACCAUGCGCACGAAUGGAAAUGGCCGUGUUUUCACUCAGGGUGGACCGACCCAGAAGCAAACUGCGUUCGUACCGCACGGUGAUAACUUCCGUUUGGUGCAGACACAAAACGGCCGUUCAACCGUACACGCUGUGACGACUGAGCGAACGCAGCAAACGGUAGUGAACGCCGUUACCACCACUCCGAAGUACACUACGCGCUACCUAUCGACCAAGAAGGACACCCCAACGACGACCACGGCCGGAGAUGUUGUCGAAGAAGCAGGACCCGAACCGGAAACACCAACACAAAAGACCGGCCAUCCAGAUAGUUACAUCUCCGUAACGAAACAGGUCACGGGCAUUGACGAGAAGAGCAAAGUACCGGCCAUCCCGGGAAAGAACUACGAAUCGACGUACUACACGAAAUCGUCCACUUGUGGUUACUUCACCUUCUCCUGCAAUAUUGUGUACGGAGAGAACGGGCGAAGUAAAAUCUGUCGACCGAAACCACCGGCUAAUGGCAAAUGUUGAGGGAUAAUGGAUAGUACGCACUACGCGGUGCUAAUAUAACACACAGGUUUGCAUAAGAGCGGAUGAAGAUGGAUGCGAUGUUUUAAUAUGACACUGCCAGUAGGUCCCCUAGUAACCGGCCAGGGCGGGGAGAUGUUUUAUAGAAGGCACAAACACACAAUAAAAAGACUAGUGGAAUGCUUUCGAGCUAGAAUUACUCACAACACAAAAAUCAGUACCAAUCGGAGGCAAUACAAUACGUUUGCACUACUAAGUUUUAGAUGUUUUAAGUGACACUUUCAUUAAAGAAGACAAUAAAUAGGAUUGUUCAACACAAACCCCCACUUUAAGUGCCUUUCGUUCGGAUAUAGUAACCGUACUUUUCUCAUACUGAUUAUGAGGUACAUAUAUUAGGAAUCUAUAUUUAUAAGAAUAUGAUAAACUAUAAUUCUAACACGUCAAAUCUGUCACUCUUCUACAGCAAAUCGGUUUGUCAACCGAUUUUAUACCAAUACACGAGAUAUGCUAUAUUUGUAAUAAUCUCUCUUCACUUAUAUCGUACUUCACAGUAGAAUUGUAACAAACCCCACUACACUAAAAGAGAAUGAAUUUUGAUUGUUUUUUUU